CACAGCUUCAUCCACUGAUACCCGCCGGAGCUGAAGUAAACAGGGUCAUGGACGUGCUUUCCAUCCUGACAUUGUUCUUCUCCUUCCUCAUCUCUGUGCUCUUCAUCAGCUCAUACUGGAGGAAGCAUAAGAAGUAUCAGAAUCUGCCCCCUGGACCCACCCCUCUGCCUCUUUUGGGGAACCUCAACUAUGUCACCAGAGAUGGCAAACAUUUCCGGGAGCUCUCUCAGAAGCAUGGGCCGGUGUUUACCAUUUGGCAGCUGUCAGAACCCAUUGUGGUUCUCUGUGGAUAUGAUGUGGUGAAAGAUGCCCUGAUCAACCACGCAGACCAGUUCAGUGGACGUCCUUAUCUGGCAGUUGUGGACUUUUACAGCCAGGGAUACAGCUUUCCUAAUGUACACGGACUGCGCUGGAGCCAGCUCCGACGCUUCACCCUUACCUCACUGAGGAACUUUGGAAUGGGGAAGACAACCAUGGAAGAGCGAGUACUAAAGGAGGGCCAGAACCUCCUGCAGGCUGUGGCAGACACAGGAGGAAAGCCCUUCAACCCUCUGAACCUCAUAGGAUGCGCUAUAGGGAAUAUUGUCAGCACUAUGUUGCUGGGGGAACAGUUUCAAUAUAAGGAUAAGAAGUUACAGGAUCUUAUAACAACCACCAGAAAACAUAUCCUUAACACACAUUCCCGAUUACACCAGUUCGGCAACAUGUUCCCCAUACUCUUGAAUCUCCCAGGUCUCCGGCAGAAGAUCUUCAGAGAGGCCACAGAAAUGACUUCCUUUGUCAAAGAGUAUAUUCAGUCCCACAAGAAGAACCUGAAUAUAAACUCUCCAAAGGACUUUAUUGACUUCUUCCUUCUGAAGAUGAAAGAGGAGGAGCCAGAUGCAGAUACCAACUUCUCUGAGAAGACCCUUCUAUGGACAAUUGUGGCCCUAUUAGCAGCAGGAACUGAAACCACCACGUCCACCUUAAAGUACUGUCUGACUGUUAUGGCACAUUAUCCAGAGGUCCAAGAAAAAGUGCAGCAAGAGAUAGACGAGGUAACUGGGUCUGUGCGCCUUCCUGGCAUCAUGGACAGGGCGCAAAUGCCAUACACCAAUGCUGUCAUUCAUGAAACGCAGAGACUCAUGGAUCUGGCGCCCAUAGCUCACUACCAUGCAGUCACCCAAGACACUGAGUUCCGUGGCUACACUCUGCCAAAGGGUACCAGAGUUAUUCCAUUCAUCUCGUCAGUGCUGAAUGAUCCAACACAGUGGGAGACCCCUGAUGACUUCAACCCAAACCAUUUCCUGGAUGAUAAAGGGCAGUUUCGGGCAAGACCAGCAUUCAUGGUGUUUUCUGCAGGGAAGCGUAUAUGUGCUGGUGAGAACUUGGCUCGCAUGGAACUCUUCCUACUCUUCUGUUCUCUGAUGAAGCAAUUCACAUUCUCCAGAGUCCCUGAGACAAAUCCAUACAAAGGGAAAGCUCUCCGAGACAACAAAUGGCCCCUUAUCUGGUCCAGCCCUCUCUGUGCAGUCCCUCGUAACACCUCUUCCAAGUGAUCAUCUCAAAACUACCCUCAAUGCAACAAUUUGUGAACAGUACCAGCAGCAGAAAGUCAUGUUGUGAUGUGCAUGAUUGUGUUACAACACAUUGUCAGUUGAUGGGCUAAAAUUAUAUUUACUUAUAUAUUCUGUACAAUUAAACCAAAGGAUUAUAUGUAAGCAACAUAAUAGGCUGACUAUCUCAUAUUUUUUAUGUUAACUUUGUGGUAGCAAAAGAGUAAGUUUUAUACAUUUUCCAAUAAAGGUCAAUGAGUUAUGACAAGGGAGCUGUGUAAUGAUAAGUUUUGUGUUAAAUUGUGCAGUAACCUAUUGUUACUUACACAACCCAUAGUUAGUGAACUUAACAUUUACUUCUCUCCCAGUAUCCAGUACCAAUGUCCCAUCACUACCCAAUGAAGAGUCUCAAAUACUGUAAUUUUAAACAGAAUGGCCACACCUUUAGUAGCUUUUAACAGUAGCACCAGAUUUACUUGUGAAAUAAUUGCAUGGCUGACAUGACCUCGCUAUCCUCAUAUGCUCAGUACUGAUCUUGUUGUUUUUAUUCAAUAAAUCACAUUUACCAGAUAUGGGUUAGCAUGGCCGAUAUCACUCUAGCACAACCCAUAAUUUCAAUGGAUAUCGCGAACGCGCAAAAUUGCGCUUAUUACAAUCUGAAAGUUAUAGUUUGUGUAAAUUGAGUUUGGGUUUAAAUGUAUUUUUCACAAAACACAUGAACAACGUAUUAAAAUAAAGUAUUACACUCAUAUAUAAACUUUUUAACAAAAAUAUCAUUUUAAUAUUAAUAAAAAAGGUUUUAAAAUGGAUAUGGUAUAUGGCAAGGUGUUUGACUGGGUUCAAUGUAUAUGUAUCGCUUGUAUUACAAGUUGAAAGUAAACGUGAUUGCUUGAGCGCAAUUGCGAUAUACGCUAGAAUUAUUACCUCUGAACUGUUAUAAAUAUUUAUAGGACGUUUAUUUGGACGUUUUGUUGUCCUGAGCUUAUCUGUACCCUGUAUGUAUGUUAUGACUUGCAAUAAAGUCUAUUUUUACUUGCACUGAA